CAGUUUUGACUCGCAAAUCUCAAACGGAAGAAGAAGAUCGACGACAGGAAUUACGAAACAGAGCUCGAAGAAUGGCUUCACGAACGAAGGGAAAAACUACGAUGGAAGUCGGAGGCGAUGGCGUUGCCGUCAUAACGCUCAUCAACCCUCCCGUCAAUUCGUUAUCAUUCGAUGUGCUAGAGAACCUUAAAAGUAAUUACGAGGAGGCUUUGAGAAGGAAUGAUGUUAAAGCUAUUGUUAUUACGGGUGCCAAGGGGAGGUUCUCUGGUGGAUUUGAUAUAUCUGGUUUUGGUGAAAUUCAGAAAGGGACAAGGAAAGCGCCAAAGCCUGGAUACAUAUCAAUUGACAUCAUCACCGAUUUGAUUGAAGCUGCAAGGAAACCGUCUGUCGCUGCCAUUGAUGGGCUUGCCUUGGGAGGAGGGUUAGAGCUCGCCAUGGCUUGCCAUGCAAGAAUAUCAGCCCCUGGUGCACAGUUAGGUCUGCCUGAGCUGCAACUCGGUGUUAUUCCUGGGUUUGGAGGAACACAGCGUCUUCCACGUCUUGUUGGUCUCACAAAAGCCCUUGAGAUGAUUUUGACAUCUAAGCCGGUUAAAGCUGAGCAAGGUCAUUCAUUGGGUCUUGUUGAUGCUGUCGUGCCACCUGCCGAGUUACUUAACGCUGCUCGUCGCUGGGCUCUUGACAUAGCCGAGAGAAGAAAGCCAUGGGUGUGUAGUGUUUUAAAGACUGAUAAGUUACCUCCUCUUGGAGAGGCAAGGGAGAUACUGAAGUUUGCCAAGGAUCAGACACGCAAGCAAGCCCCCAACCUGAAACACCCCUUAAUGUGCCUUGAGGCUGUUGAAGUGGGUAUUGUUUCUGGUUCAAGGGCUGGUUUAGAAAAGGAGGCUCUAAUCUCCUCACAAGUGGUCAAGCUGGAUACCACCAAAAGCUUGAUCCAUGUCUUCUUUUCUCAGCGAGGAACUACAAAGGUUCCUGGAGUUACUGAUCGUGGGUUGGUGCCAAGGAAGAUUAAAAAGGUAGCCAUAAUUGGAGGCGGGUUAAUGGGAUCUGGAAUAGCCACUGCAUUGAUCCUCAGUAACUAUCCAGUGAUUCUCAAGGAGGUAAAUGAGAAGUUCUUGGAGGCUGGAAUUGGCAGGGUCAAAGCUAAUCUCCAGAGCAGUGUAAAGAAAGGAAGGAUGUCUCAGGAGAAGUUUGAGCAAACCAUGUCACUCCUUAAAGGUUCUCUUGACUAUGAAAGCUUUAGGGAUGUGGACAUGGUCAUCGAGGCUGUCAUUGAGAAUAUAUCUUUGAAACAGCAAAUUUUUGCUGAUCUAGAGAAGUACUGUCCUCAGCAUUGUAUCCUUGCUAGCAACACAUCUACCAUUGAUCUGAACAAAAUCGGGGAGCGGACCAAGUCCCAGGAUCGGGUUAUUGGAGCACAUUUUUUCAGUCCAGCACAUGUUAUGCCACUACUUGAAAUAGUUCGAACCAAUCAUACAUCUGCACAAGUGAUUGUUGACCUGUUAGAUGUUGGGAAGAAGAUUAAGAAAACGCCAGUAGUGGUGGGAAACUGCACAGGGUUCGCAGUUAAUAGGAUGUUCUUCCCAUACACACAGGCAGCUAUGUUCCUUGUUGAACGGGGAACAGAUCCAUAUCUAAUCGACAAGGCAGUCAGCAAGUUUGGAAUGCCAAUGGGUCCCUUCAGAUUGUGCGACCUGGUUGGGUUCGGUGUGGCGAUAGCAACCGCUACGCAAUUCAUAGAGAACUUCCCAGAACGGACAAACAAAUCAAUGAUUAUCCCACUCAUGCAAGAGGACAAGAGAGCUGGUGAAGCCACUCGUAAAGGUUUCUAUCUUUAUGAUGAAAAGCGCAAGGCUAAACCUGAUCCUGAAAUAAAGAAAUAUAUCGAAAAGGCAAGAAGCGUAUCAGGAGUGAACCUUGACCCUAAGCUGGCGAAACUUACGGAAAAGGAAAUUAUUGAAAUGACGUUUUUCCCAGUAGUGAACGAGGCGUGUAGAGUAUUUGCUGAAGGAAUUGCUGUCAAAGCAGCAGAUCUUGACAUCGCUGGCAUAUUUGGAAUGGGGUUUCCACCUUACAGAGGAGGGAUCAUGUUCUGGGCUGAUUCCAUCGGAUCGAAAUACAUUUACUCAAAGCUAGAUGAGUGGUCGAAGGCUUAUGGUGGUUUCUUCAAGCCUUGUGAUUUCUUGGCUGAAAGGGGAUCUAAAGGAGCUCCUCUUAGCGCUCCCUUGGAACAAGCCAGAUCGCGGUUGUAAAUGUCAGCGUUUCAGCUGAAACCUUUCUUCGUUGCUGCAUCUUCUGUGUUUUCUUUAUCUCCAUAUUUACUUACCAAAACUUUUAAGAUCUUUGGCCUCACGAGCUGUUAAAAUAAAUUCUCAUCUCAGACAGAUGAAAGUAGAAAGUAAUUAAGUUCGGGUAGUAAUAAGAUUUGUUUAUGUUAUCUAAUGAUGCUUUGUCAUACAAGGCCGUCAGAUACGUUUGUUAUAAAGCUCUACGGAGUAAGUUCAAUGAUUUGUUGAUAUC